AUGGCAACCAACGGCAAAAAUGAAAAACGUUCACAAACAAUAUUGCCAGAGGAGCCGCAGAGUGUUACCGAUCCCAUCACCAAUGUGCACUGGGUACCCUUUCUCCAUAUCCCUAUGGAACGAAGGCUUCAGAUGAUGGCCGUUUGUUUCUGGAUUGCACUUCUCGGGAUUUGUACCACCGUCUUCUUUGCAUUUUGCUUUACCCCACCGCUUUGGCCAUUUAUACUUGCAUAUAUCGCCUUUAUCUACCUUGAUAAAGCCCCAGAGAACGGAGGACGUCGUUUUCAAUGGAUGCGUCACUUGAGUCUGUGGCGCUAUUUCGCCGAUUAUUUUCCCGUCAAACUGAUUAAAGAACAAGAGCUUGACCCAUCAAAAACGUAUGUAUUUGGUUAUCAUCCGCACGGUAUCAUAUCCAUGGGUGCGUUUGCCAAUUUUGCCACAGAAGCGACAGGCUUCAGCAACAUAUUUCCCGGCAUUACACCCUCGUUACUCACUUUGGCUUCAAAUUUCCACUUGCCCUUUUAUCGCGAUAUCAUCCUAUCACUCGGUAUGGCGUCGGUAUCUCGCCAUUCCUGCGAAAGCAUAUUAUCGUCCGGGCCAGGUCGUGCUAUCGUCAUUGUCCUUGGAGGAGCAUCAGAGUCAUUGAAUGCACGUCCGGGCAUGAAUGAUCUCGUCCUUAAACGGCGCUUAGGGUUCGUCAAAUUGGCUAUACGACAGCAAUCGCCUCUUGUACCAGUGUUCUCAUUUGGAGAAAACGAUCUUUACGAACAAGUGGAGAACCGACGGGGAUCGCGUUUACGGCGAAUGCAAAAGAAAAUUCAACAUGCGCUGGGAUUCACAUUGCCACUUUUUCAUGCACGGGGAAUUUUUAAUUAUGAUGUAGGUUUGAUACCUUUCAGACAUCAAAUUGUCACCAUAGUUGGCAAGCCGAUCUCUGUGCCAAAGUUGACGGAUGGCGACAAAGAACCUACAGAAGAACAACUAUUGGCGGUGCAAGAGAAAUAUAUCGAAGGGUUGAAAGCAAUCUAUGACAAAUAUAAAGAUAUUUAUGCAAAAGAUAGAAAAUGUGAUCUUCGGAUCAUUGACUAG